AUGGAGGGCCUUGCGGGAUACCGCGACAGCUUGCUUUCUGCACCACUGUCUAUUCUACUCCCCUUAUGUUUUGUAGCCUCCUUUGGGCUUUAUCUGCUCGUCUCACGUCUUCGCCAUGCUCGCCACCGGUACUCAAAGCUGCCUCUCCCGCCAGGUCCGCCACGACUCCCCAUCGUUGGAAAUCUCUUCAAUAGCCCGUUUCACCUCAGUUGGCUGACUCAUUACCAAUGGAGGCAAGUUUACGGGCCGGUAGUCUACUUCGAAGUUGGAGGACGGCCCACAGUCGUCUUGACCACUGUGGAAGCGGCCCACGAGCUACUCAACAAGCGCGCCAGCAACUACUCGAACCGAUCCUUCAGCUACAUGGCCUCCGAGCUCGUAGCCAAAGGAUACAAUAUGCUCUUUCGUCAAUACGACACCCGGCUCCGCCUUCACCAGCGCUUACACGUGCCCGGUCUCAACACUCGGUCCGCGAUGAUCUAUCAUCCUAUCCAAGAGCUGGAGUCACUCCAGCUUCUGAACGACAUGCUUGCGGAAGGCAAGCCGAAGCCAGGCCAAGGUACCGGAGAGAAGCAGACAGCCGAAAUAGUACCCCACAAUCCCCACUGGCACUUUCGACGUGCACCCGCGAGCAGCAUGAGCUUGAUCGUUUGGGGUUACCGUCUGCUAAAGGGGCAACCCGGAAUUGAGGACGAGAUGGAUUUUUUCAGCAAUUUUCCGUCGGCGGUGGUUCUGAGGGAGCUCCACUUGAUCGACAUCUUCAACUGGCUCAAGCACGUCCCGGACUGCAUCUCUCCGUGGAAAUGGGUCGGCGACAAGUACCACGAGAGCGAAACCGUACACCACAUGGCAAACUUCCGCAGGGCCCUGAAGCAUUCCGGAUACAACAUCAGCAAGCAGAUCGUUCAUGGCGUGGGCCGCCUCAACGCGGAUAUGAGCGAGUCGGAGAUGGCCUGGGUCUCGGGGACGCUGACGCUGGCCAACAGCGAGACCACCAUGUCGAUUCUCUGCUGGUCCGUCAUCGCCAUGAUCACCUAUCCGCACAUGAUGCACAAGGCUCAAGCUAUUAUGGAUGAGGUUGUUGGCCGCGAGAGAUUGCCCGUGUUCGCGGACAGAGCGAAGCUCCCAUACAUCGAUGCCAUGAUUGAAGAGGUGAUGCGAUGGCGGCCCAUCUUCCCUGCCGGGAUGAACCACGCCACGGCGGAAGAGGACGAGUACAUGGGAUACCGAAUCCCCAAAGGAGCGACUGUGGUCGCCUCUCAGUGGGCGAUCACUCGAGACACGGACGUAUUCGGCGCGGAUAGUGACGACUUCAGACCAGAGAGAUGGCUCGAGCGGGACGAUCUGCCCAAAACUAUUUUCGGCUACGGGAGGCGGCUGUGUCCGGGGAGGCACGUGGGAAGGGAGGGUCUGUGGAUCAUGUUUGCGCGGCUGCUCUGGGCCUUUAAUAUGCAGGCGCCGACUGACCCGGUCACCUUGAAGAAGAAGGUGAUUGAUCCGAUGGCCAUGCCUUCUUUGGGCAUAAUCGUCGCCCCUGAGCCCUAUGAGGCGCUUUUCACACCCAGAGGGGAGUGGGUUGAGGCGUUGGUUCACAAAGAGCUUGCAAUCAGUGAGAAGGAUGCUGAUAAUCUCAUGAAGAAAGUUGAGAUAGCCAAAGGGUUUUAA